UGUCCCCAGAAAACCCUGGCGCAGUCAAACAGCGGUUUCCAGGAGCUACUACUGCUCACAUCCUCCCAGGCUCCACAACACUUAGAGGCGCCUCUUCCGAAUUCCACCUCUUGGCGGACUUUGCGAAGGGAAGCCGGAGGUGGAGAUGGACCUUGAAGAGGGCCUUAACGGAAGAGCAGACAAGAACUCGAAGAUGGGCAAAAAGAGUAAAAAGGAGAAGAAAGAAAAGAAGCCAGCAGUCAGUGUGCUUACAAUGUUUCGCUAUGCAGGUUGGCUGGACAAGUUGUACAUGCUGAUGGGAACUCUGGCUGCCAUUAUCCAUGGAGUUGCACUUCCACUUAUGAUGCUGGUGUUUGGAGACAUGACAGAUAGCUUUGCAUCUGUAGGGAACAUUCUGCCAAAUAUUACUAAUGGAAGUUACUUCAACAAAUCAGACGUCUUGGGCAAGCUGGAGGAUGAAAUGACCACGUACGCCUACUAUUACACGGGGAUCGGUGCUGGUGUGCUCAUAGUUGCCUACAUUCAGGUUUCGUUCUGGUGCAUGGCAGCCGGAAGACAAAUACACAAAAUCAGGCAGAAGUUUUUCCAUGCUAUAAUGAACCAGGAGAUAGGCUGGUUUGACGUGCACGACGUCGGGGAGCUCAACACCCGGCUCACAGAUGAUGUCUCCAAAAUUAAUGAAGGAAUUGGUGACAAAAUUGGAAUGUUCUUUCAAGCAAUGGCAACAUUUUUUGGUGGUUUUAUAAUAGGAUUUACUCGUGGCUGGAAGCUAACUCUUGUGAUUUUGGCCAUCAGCCCUGUUCUUGGACUGUCAGCUGGUCUUUGGGCAAAGAUAUUAUCUUCAUUUACUGAUAAAGAACUCCAGGCAUAUGCAAAAGCUGGAGCAGUUGCUGAAGAAGUCUUAGCAGCUUUCAGAACUGUGAUUGCAUUUGGAGGACAAAAGAAGGAACUUGAAAGGUACAAUAACAAUUUAGAAGAAGCUAAAAGGCUUGGGAUAAAGAAAGCUAUCACAGCCAACAUAUCCGUUGGUGCAGCUUUCCUGCUCAUCUAUGCCUCUUAUGCUCUGGCAUUUUGGUAUGGGACUUCUUUGGUGAUCUCAAAGGAAUACUCCAUUGGACAAGUGCUCACUGUCUUCUUUUCUGUAUUGAUUGGAGCAUUCAGUAUUGGACAGGCAACUCCCAACAUCGAAGCCUUUGCCAACGCAAGGGGAGCAGCUUAUGAAGUCUUCAAUAUAAUUGACAAUAAGCCCAGUAUUGACAGCUUCUCAGUGAGUGGACACAAGCCAGACAACAUUCAGGGAAAUUUGGAAUUCAAAAAUAUUCACUUCAGUUACCCAUCUCGAAAAGAAGUUCAGAUCUUGAAGGGCCUCAACCUGAAGGUGCAGAGCGGACAGACGGUGGCCCUGGUUGGCAACAGCGGCUGCGGGAAAAGCACCACUGUCCAGCUGCUGCAGAGGCUCUACGACCCCACAGAGGGCACGGUCAGUAUCGACGGGCAGGACAUCAGGAGCAUCAACGUGAGGUAUCUGCGGGAAAUCAUUGGCGUGGUGAGCCAGGAACCUGUGCUGUUUGCCACCACGAUCGCUGAAAACAUCCGCUACGGCCGGGAGGACGUGACCAUGGACGAGAUUGAGAAAGCCGUCAAGGAGGCCAACGCCUACGACUUUAUCAUGAAGCUGCCCCACAAAUUUGACACCCUGGUUGGCGAGAGAGGGGCGCAGCUCAGUGGGGGACAGAAACAGAGAAUCGCCAUUGCGCGUGCGCUGGUCCGCAAUCCCAAAAUCCUUUUGUUGGAUGAGGCCACGUCAGCCUUGGACACAGAAAGUGAAGCCGUGGUUCAGGCCGCUCUGGAUAAGGCUAGAGAAGGCCGGACCACCAUUGUGAUAGCUCACCGCUUGUCUACAGUUCGUAAUGCUGACAUCAUUGCUGGGUUUGAUGAUGGUGUCAUUGUGGAGCAAGGAAAUCAUGAUGAGCUCAUGAGAGAGAAGGGCAUUUACUUCAAACUUGUCAUGACACAGACAGCAGGAAAUGAAAUUGAAUUAGGAAAUGAAGUUUGUGAAUCUAAAAAUGAAAUUGAUAAUUUAGACAUGUCUUCAAGAGAUUCAGGAUCCAGUCUCAUAAGAAGAAGAUCAACUCGCAAAAGCAUCCGCGGACCACACGACCAAGACAGGAAGCUUAGUACCAAAGAUGCCCUGGAUGAAGAUGUUCCCCCAGCUUCCUUUUGGCGAAUCCUAAAGUUGAAUUCAACUGAGUGGCCUUAUUUUGUGGUUGGUGUAUUUUGUGCCAUAAUAAAUGGAGCCAUGCAACCAGCAUUUGCCAUAAUAUUUUCAAAGGUUGUGGGGGUUUUUACAAGUGGUAAGGAUGAUGAAACCCAACGACGUGAAAGCGACUUGUUUUCCCUAUUGUUUCUGGUCCUUGGAAUCAUUUCUUUUAUCACAUUUUUUCUUCAGGGCUUCACCUUCGGCAAAGCUGGAGAGAUCCUCACCAAGCGACUCCGCUACAUGGUUUUCAAGUCCAUGCUGAGACAGGACGUGAGCUGGUUUGAUAAUCCUAGAAAUACCACUGGAGCACUGACCACCAGGCUUGCCAAUGAUGCUGCUCAAGUUAAAGGGGCUAUAGGGUCUAGGCUUGCUAUCAUUACCCAGAAUGUAGCAAAUCUUGGAACAGGAAUUAUCAUAUCCCUAGUCUAUGGCUGGCAGUUGACGCUUUUACUCUUAGCAAUUGUACCCAUCAUUGCAAUAGCAGGAGUGGUUGAAAUGAAAAUGUUAUCUGGACAAGCACUGAAAGAUAAGAAGGAACUAGAAGGUUCUGGGAAGAUUGCUACUGAAGCAAUAGAAAAUUUCCGUACUGUUGUCUCUCUGACCCGGGAGCAGAAGUUUGAAAAUAUGUAUGCACAGAGCCUGCAGAUACCAUACAGAAAUGCUCUGAAGAAAGCGCACAUCUUCGGGAUCAGCUUCUCCUUCACACAGGCCAUGAUGUACUUUUCCUACGCUGCUUGUUUCCGUUUCGGUGCUUACUUGGUGGCGCGUGAACUCAUGACUUUUGAGAAUGUUCUAUUAGUAUUCUCAGCUAUUGUCUUUGGUGCCAUGGCAGUAGGGCAGGUCAGUUCAUUCGCUCCUGACUACGCAAAAGCCAAAGUGUCAGCAUCACAUAUCAUCAAUAUCAUGGAGAAAGUCCCUGAGAUUGACAGCUACAGCACAGAAGGCCUAAAGCCUAAUCAGUUAGAAGGAAAUGUGAGAUUUAACGGAGUCGUGUUCAACUACCCCACCCGACCCAACAUCCCAGUGCUUCAGGGGCUGAGCCUGGAGGUGAAGAAGGGCCAGACGCUCGCCCUGGUGGGCAGCAGUGGCUGCGGGAAGAGCACAGUGGUCCAGCUGCUGGAGCGGUUCUACGACCCCCUGACCGGGACAGUGUUUCUAGAUGGCAAAGAAAUAAAUCAACUCAAUGUCCAGUGGCUCCGAGCACACCUGGGCAUUGUGUCCCAAGAGCCCAUCCUGUUUGACUGCAGCAUCGCCGAGAACAUCGCCUAUGGAGACAACAGCCGGGUCGUGUCCCAGGAUGAGAUUGUGAGGGCGGCCAAAGAGGCCAACAUCCACCAGUUCAUUGAUUCACUGCCUGACAAAUACAACACUAGAGUAGGAGACAAAGGGACUCAGCUGUCGGGUGGGCAGAAGCAGCGAAUCGCCAUCGCACGUGCCCUUGUCAGGCAGCCUCAUAUUUUGCUUCUGGAUGAAGCAACGUCAGCUCUGGAUACAGAAAGUGAAAAGGUUGUCCAGGAAGCCCUGGACAAAGCCAGGGAAGGCCGCACCUGCAUUGUGAUCGCACACCGCCUGUCCACCAUCCAGAACGCAGACCUGAUUGUGGUGAUUCAGAACGGCAAGGUCAAGGAGCAUGGAACCCACCAGCAGCUGCUGGCCCAGAAAGGCAUCUAUUUCACAAUGGUCAGUGUGCAAUCGGGAGCAAAGCGCUCAUGAACUGUGACCAUGUAAAAUGCUAAAUAUUUUUAAUAUUUGUAUUAAUAUAUGGCAUUUAAUCAAAAUAAAAACACUGUUUUUUUAGAAUAGCCAGUUAUCUAUUUCCUGUCAUAUGGAAAGCAUUUAGUCCAGUUUAGGGCCUUCAGAGACUUUGUUCUUAAAGGAAGAGAAAUAGAUACACCAUCAAAUGGAGAGUAAUAGUUUAAAUUACACUAUAAAAUUCAUAAAAGAAUUAAAUGUUUGAUAAUAUAUACUUUUAUUUAUACUUUCUCAUUUGUAACUAUAACUGAUUUUCUUGCUAAACAAAUUAUGUGUGUGUCAAAAAUUACUGAAAUGUUUGUAUAAAGUAUAUAUAUAUAUAUAGUGAAACUGAAUAUUCAUAUUCUUGAGUUAUCUUGCUCAAAAUUCCUAUGAAAUGAUAUAUUCUACCAACUGGAAUAUUGUACAUAAUUUUAGCUUGUAAAAAUUAGCCUAUUCUGAGGUGGUCACUCUAUGGGUAAAGUGCCUGAGACACAGGGUCCCUCAGUUCAGAUCCCUAGCACCUAUGUAAGCAGCAAAGUAGGGUGGUAUGCAUUUGUCAUGCCGGUGCUAGAGGCAGUAACAGGCAGGCCCUGUGGUCUCAGUGGCCAACCAUCCUAGCCAAAAUAGGGAGUUGAGCUCCAGGCUCAGUGAGAGGAUUUGUCUCAAAAAUAAGAGGGAAAAGCAAGUGAGGACAUCUUGAUAUCAGAGUGAGUCUGACCCUUACAUUCUCCUGUGUAGACAAGUGUACACACGUGUGCACUCAUGCAAACACCGUAUAUGUAUUAGUAUGUAUUUAUGUUACACACACACACGGUUAUUAGAAAUUGAAGAGAUAAAAUAAGAAAGGUAGAAGAGGUGCCCAUAAAACCCAUCAAAUAGUGCUUCCAUCAGCUUUGUCCAGAGAAGUUUCUUUUUGAGGUGGUCAGUGGUGACUGCAGACUCUUAACUAACUAAAGUCCUGAGAAUAAGGUGACUGUUAAAUGUCCAGCCAUAAAUGAGAUAUUUGUGUUACUCCUUCCAAAGCUCGAAGGAGCAGAAAGAAUAUCGGAGCCUGAGGGAGGAGUGGGAAGAGGUGUGCAACCCUGACUUACAGGCAUGGCAUGGCCGCUACGUUCCUGAACCUAUAACUAUGAUUUUUUAGUAGGGUCUGUACAAGACUGGACCUAUCAACACUCUGGCGUCAAAGGGAAAGGGCUUCAUCUCACUCCAAGGGUUUCUAUGCACGUAAUGGUUGACUGGAAAGAGAAAGAUAUUUUUUCAUUGGUGUAGACACUGGUAAGGUGUCCAUCUACCUAUAAACAGACCCUCACCUGUGUUUCUGAAGACAAUCCCAACAACUUAUUAAGUCUCUCUCUCUCUCUCUCUCUCUCUCUCUCUCUCUCUCUCUCUCUUUCUCACACACACACACCCAAACAAACAAAAACAAAAACAUUACAGGAGGACUAGCCAGGCAGAUAAAGGGUAUUAACAGGAGUGACAAUGGGGCAAAAGAGGGUACCUGGCUAAAUAUGAUUGAAGGAUGUUAUGUACAUGUAUGGAAACACCAUAGUGAAACUCAUUAUUAUGUAUACUUAAUAUAUGGCUAAUAAAAUAUUUUUAAAAAGAAGAAAGAAAA